GCGCUCGGCAGCGUUGAAUGUCGAGGUGCUGGAGUAUGUCGGUCAGGGAUCUGCAGGGUGAACUCGAAGGCCAUCAUGGGGAAUGGUAGCAAGAGGUACGGGUCGAACAACCUUCAUUUCGCUGCCGUAUGCGAGAAGGGGUCAGGGGGUCUCGUGACCCUACCUCAUUUGGGUGGCAGACUGAGAGGAGUAGGGGGUGCACGAAGCGGAGGUCAUAGCGAUGAUGGCGGGGAUCAUUCCACCUCCCCCCGCGCCGCCGCCUCCGCCGCCUCCGCCGCCGACGGGUUGCUGAUUGUUCUCUCCGCGCUCGCUGACACCCAGCCUGCAGGUCAGAGUCAGAUCGAGUGGCCGGGAGACGACCAGGUUCAGACCACCCUCCAGAAGGACUACGCACUUACUCGACGAGUGAAGGUACGUGGCAAGCUCUGGGUGAAAGUGGCGUUGUGGGAAAACCUCCACAGAAUUCGCAUCUCCGUAGAGUGUGAUGUCCUCCAUCGCGCCCUUCUGCACUGGGGAGUGACCACCCGUGAGGAGGCGGGGAGGCAGUGGACUCAGCCACCGAAGAAGAUCCGACCGCCUGGAACUGUGAAGUACAAGGACUAUGCUGCGCGGACGCCUCUGCGCAGCUGCUAUGGCGCCGUCUCCGACGGCGGCGAGGAGCAUGGAGGCGGGCGUGUUGGAGUUGACCUUGAAAUUGCCGAGGAGGGCGCACCGGAGGUCAUUGCGUUUGUUCUCAAAGAUGAAGAAACAGGAAGAUGGCACGACAAGGCGGGUGGGAAUUUCAUCAUCAACUUGGCAGACCUGUUGGAGCAGCGGCACGAGAGGAAAACACCGGCGGCGGCGGCUCAUGCGGCGGGCGGUCUUCGUCUUCUCGACGGCGGAGCCGUCGGUCUUCUGGAAGAAACGCACGAUCUAGAGAACGAGGUGGACAUUGGCAAUCGUCUCUCGGCUAUGGUGGGCCUAGCUGAAGGAGGGGAUGUGAAGGUGUUGUUGUCAACGGACCUGUCAGGUCCCGUCCUUCUCCACUGGGGUUUGGUCAAGCGAGGAGAAGAGCAGAGCAAGUGGACUGUCCCUGCGAAGCGCUUCUUGCCAUCCAACUCAACUGUCUACAAGAAGAGGGCUGUUCAGACCGUGAUGAAGAGAGACGAGGGGUGUGAUGGUGAUGGGGAAGGGAGCUGGAUCAUGGUGGACGUCGGCGGGGGUUUUUCCGAGUUGCGUUUCGUGCUCAAGGAGGUGGACAGCAACACGUGGUUCGAUGCGGAGGGGGAGGACUUUUCAAUGCCCCUUCCGGCAGCAAAGGGGCCAAAGGAUCAUGGUGGUGGUCAAGAAGGUGCGGCAGCAGGGGCCCCCGGACAAACAACCAGCGGGGUCGCUGCCUCCGAUGAUCGGGAUCGGGAUCGGAAUCGGAAGAAGACCGACAUUGCACGGCUAGAAGCCAAGGUUGCGGAGCCGGUUCUCCCGAUCCCGAUCGCAGACAUGGCCGAGGGAGGCGGGAUCGGUGUGAACGGCGCUCCUGCGGCAGCGAAUGUGGUGUCAUCAUCUUCAGCAACACGAGAGGACUUCGCAGGAACGAUAGCACCUCCUGCUCCUCCUUCUCCUCCUCCUUCUCCUCCUUCUCCUUCUUCUCCUUCUCCUUCUCCUUCGACAACUGAGGUGGCAGAAGAGGAGGUCAAUUUAGCGGCGAUCACACGAAGUGCGAAGGGCACAGGCGCAGUCCCAGCAGGUACUGUUAGUAGUAAUAGUCGAGUAGUGAUUACAUCCAGCGGACCAGGUCCAGAGGAGCUGCUACAAGAGAUAGAUCGGCUGGCUGCCGAGGCCUCCGAGAAUUUCAGACGGGCGACAGUAAUUGCGCCAGCCGCGCCUUUAUCACAGCAAAAGCUGGAGCAGGCUGAUAGCAAACCAACGACUACUUUGCCGUUGACUAGUCCACAGAAUGUCUUACCUUUACCUUUGCCUUUGUCUGUUCCUGACCGGCAGCCGUGUCCAGGAACCGGAUCUGGGAAAGAAAUACUCCUUCAAGGAUUUAAUUGGGAGUCCCAUAAGACAGGCAGGUGGUACAACAUCAUCGCGGAACAAGCCGCCGAUAUUGCAUCGGGGGGUUUCACGGCCAUCUGGCUCCCACCCCCUACUGAUUCCAUCUCCCCAGAGGGUUACAUGCCGCGUGAUCUCUACGAUCUUAACUCGAAGUACGGCGACAUGGAGGCGCUUAAAAGGGUAGUAAAGCGUCUGCAUGAGGUCGGCAUGGUGGUCCUCGGGGAUGCCGUACUCAACCAUCGCUGUGCCCAUUUCCAAGGGCCUAAUGGCGUGUGGAACCGGUUUGGUGGGAAACUGGCUUGGGACAACCGAGCUAUCGUGUGCGACGACGCUCAUUUCGACGGUGCAGGGAAUCGAAGCAGCGGCGACAGCUUUCAUGCCGCACCAAACAUAGACCACUCGCAGGGCUUUGUGCGCAAAGACAUCACGGAAUGGUUGCAAUGGCUGAGGAUGGAGAUUGGCUACGACGGGUGGAGAUUGGAUUUUGUCAGAGGAUUCUGGGGGGGUCAUGUCAAGGAGUAUAUCGAGGGAUCGAACCCUUGGUUUGCUGUCGGUGAGUACUGGGACUCCCUCAGUUACACCUACGGCGAGAUGGACUACAACCAGGAUGCACAUCGGCAGCGGAUCAUUGAUUGGAUGAACGCGACGGGGGGGAACGCGGGGGCAUUCGAUGUGACGACGAAAGGGAUCUUGCACACGGCCAUUGAGAAGUGCGAGUACUGGAGAUUAACGGACAGCGAGAGGAAGCCGCCGGGAGUCGUGGGUUGGUGGCCAUCACGGGCAGUAACCUUCAUUGAAAACCAUGACAGCGGGUCCACUCAGGGCCAUUGGCGCUUCCCACAGGGCAGAGAGAUGCUGGGGUACGCUUAUAUCCUCACACAUCCUGGAACGCCCACCGUUUUCUAUGACCACUGGUUUGCCAACCAUCUGAAAGAGCCAAUCAGGAUUCUGCUGGCCCUGCGACGCAGACAGGGAAUCCAUUGCAGGAGUGUCGUUCGCAUCCAAAAGGCAGAGAAGGAGGUUUAUGGUGCUUGUAUCGAUGAAAAAGUGUGUAUGAAGAUUGGACCGGGGCACUUCGAUCCACCAUGCGAUGAGACCAAGACGUGGGUCUGCGUCCUCGAGGGUCAGGACUUCAAAGUGUGGGAGGUGUCCCAUAACUGAGCAAACAAACAAACACAAGAAGU